AUGCAACAUACUACAGAGGUGGAGGAACCUGGGUCAAUGCAUCAUACUACAGAGGUGGAGGAACAUGGGUCAAUGCAACAUACUACAGAGGUGGAGGGACACGGGUCAAUGCAUCAUACUACAGAGGUGGAGGAACAUGGGUCAAUGCAACAUACUACAGAGGUGGAGGAACACAGGUCAAUGCAUCAUACUUCAGAGAUUGAGGAACACGGGUCAUUGCAACAUACUACAGAGGUGGAGGAACAUGGGUCAAUGCAACAUACCACAGAGGUGGAGGAACACGGGUCAAUGCAUCAUACUUCAGAGAUUGAGGAACACGGGUCAAUGCAACAUACUACAGAGAUGGAGGAACACGGGUCAAUGCAACAUACUACAGAGGUGGAGGAAUAUUGGUCAAUACAACAUGCUACAGAGGUGGAGGAACAUGGGUCAAUGCAACAUACUACAGAGGUGGAGGAACAUGGGUCAAUGCAACAUACUACAGAGGUGGAGGAAAACGUGUCAAUGCAACAUACUACAGAGGUGGAGGAACACGAGUCAAUGCAACAUACUACAGAGGUGGAGGAACACGGGUCAAUGCAACAUACUACAGAGAUGGAGGAACACGGGUCAAUGCAACAUACUACAGAGGUGGAGGAACCUGGGUCAAUGCAUCAUACUACAGAGGUGGAGGAACACGGGUCAAUGCAACAUACUACAGAGGUGGAAGAACAUGGGUCAAUGCAACAUAAUACAGAGGUGGAGGAACAUGGGUCAAUGCAACAUACUACAGAGGUGGAGGAACACGGGUCAAUGCAUCAUACUACAGAGAUGGAGGAACACGGGUCAAUGCAACAUACUACAGAGGUGGAGGAACAUGGGUCAUUGCAACAUACUACAGAGGUGGAGGAACACGGGUCAAAGCAACAUACUACAGAGGUGGAGGAACAAGGGUCAAUACAACAUACUACAGAGAUGGAGGAACACGGGUCAAUGCAAUAUACUACAGAGAUGGAGGAACACGGGUCAAUGCAAUAUACUACAGAGAUUGAGUAUCACCCAGUUGGUUUUCUUCAGCACAAUAAGUGA